UGCAGGUGCGGUCCACCACUGGCACACGCCCUUUGGAGACAUCCACACCCCUGGUUCCCACGGAAAAACGGCCCCCGUCAUUCUGCAGCGCGACGGGAGCCUGACGAUCCCCGACAGCAGCAGCUUCCACCGCGGCGUGUACUACUGCCUCCUGCGGAACACGAAGGGAACGACACUGUGGCCCUACGACCUGCACGUGGACGGCGGAUAUCAGCGCAGCGAUGCGUUCAGGUUCCGGAGGGACGUUGGCUCGGAGGAGCAGACGCAGGCCGGUGUCUCACACGGUCACUUUGCGGGAGCUGUGGCGGCGUCAGUGGUGUUGACGUUUGUGGUGGGCUUCAGCGCUGGAGCGCUAACGAGGACCCCUGUUCUCAGGUGUCUAAGCGCAGUCACUACAAGGUUGCGAUCACCACGGCAACACCAUCACCGAACUGACAUGACAGUGGGUGGCUCUAAGGUUACCAUGACAACCAAGCCGCUGACAUUCAACAACCAGGCCAUUGAGAUGGUGCAAGGGUCAGACGAUGACUCUGCAGCUUGUGCAAUGGCGGAGACGUCUUCAUCAACACACACAUCAUCCAAUGCCAAACCUCAGAGAAGCUUCAGGCCAAAACACAACACCAGGGAUGUGGAGGGAUGGGACCAGAAUAAUGGGUGCGAUGGGGAGGCCAGGGGGAAGAGGGCUUUCGGUGGUUACUAUCUGGAGAAUGAAGGGGGUCCAUGCAAAACUGAGGACAGCGAGCACAUACGGGAGAGAGAGGAGGUGCGGAGUCAGGGGGAGGAAGCCGGUGAUGAAGACAACAGGACCAACGAGAAUGGGGGCCAGAGAAGAGGAAGUUCUGAGGAGAAAGGGAGGGCUCAAGAGGAGACAAAUGACAGAGCAAAGAGGAGAGAGGAGGAUGGAGAGACAGACAAAGGCAAUGAAGACAGUGAGACGAGCAGUAGCACACAGGAGGGAGGGGGAGCCAGGUCGUCGCCCCUCCCAGGUCACCGUAGACGAGUCAUCCGCCUGUACCAGUACGACGAGGAGGGCCAGCGAUACGGUCACCUUCCGGACGCCACCGCGGCCCCCGAGCCAGACCCGGCCCCGAGGCUAAAGCAGCGCUCGCUGUCUUUAACACGCCUCAACGCCAUCAUGGCCGCCGCCUCUGCAGGGCCACUGGACACGAGCGAGACAGGGAAGGAGAGACCACACUUCGACAUGGAGAUCUAAACCCCCUCGAGCAGCAGACACCUUGCAAAAAGAUAUACUUGCACAGCAGGCUGUGUUAUGCCCCAACAUGACGUCAACAUGCCACCAGCGAGGGGAUAAUUAACAGCGUAAUCGAUCCUCUGAGCAGAUGGUGGGACACUAGUUCUUCAAAUCAGAUCAUAAGUAGCUUUGAUCCGUUCAGGGACAAACAAUAAAUACAAAGAUCAGGUUUCAUAAGCUCCAUGUUCCAUCAGCUUAGGCUGUGCUUUUAAAAGAUUAAUUGAGCUUGUAUAGCUCUUUUAUUUUUUUAAAGCAGACUCCCUAGCUAUAUUAAUGCCGAUAGCAUUCACCCACAUCACAUUUGUGGAAUUGCAUUAAGACAAUUUUAUUUUAUGUAAUGGGCCAAAUUGUCUAGAUUGGUUUUCUGAUGAAUAAAAAGAUGAAUUUACCAGAAUUAUCGGAUGAAAAAAAGUGCAAUCUAGGAUGUGUAAUAUGCUGGUGAGCAGGUCAGGGCCACACCAAGUUCCCACGGAUAAAGAGCUAAAUCGAGUUAGCUCUUUUUAAAAUGGAAAAACCAGUUGACCCUCAUAUCACUGUUAAAUAUUCAGCUGGCAUUUCAUAAAGUCUUCUCAAAUGUAUUACAAAUUCCCGCCAGACACGCAUGUACUUGAAAAGCCAAUUAUUACGAAGCAGUUCAUAAUACUUCUAU